CCCAGUGUCCUUUCUGAGCAUUUUUAAAUUUUAUGGCUCCUCCCUAUAUAUUCUGGAGAUGGCACUACUCAUCAGUUACCCUCAGACAUUGCAAGGGGAAGGUUUGCUCGCUCCUGCUAACCUAAUCCUAUCUCAGAGAAGUGCGAGUUUGUUCCCUUCAACAUGGUUCGCGGAUGCCUGGCGACGGUGGUGGUGGUGGUGGUGGUGGGCGUGUGUCUAAACCCCACCCCCGCACAGGCUGGAUCCUUCGACUUCUCCAGCCUCCUAUCCAGCGUUGCCAACACUGCCAUCAAGCGCCUAUUCGUGGAAAGGGAAAUCGACCUGUUCGACCACUACUGUGUCCUGAGCCGCAGUCCUCACAUCUACAGCUGGGAAUUGAAAUUUGAGGCGACUGUUACCUGCCCCGGAUGGACACCCGAGAAAGGCAGAGUGAGGGGCUACUCCAGCCCCACAUCAGCCGAGCGAGAAGCCACCAAGGACUUUGUGCAGAAGAUUGUAAGGCGAGGACUGGUGACAAGGGAGGAGGCGAGUGAGUGGCUGUGAGGUGCAUGUGGCGCCACGCACAAACACACACACACACACACACACACACACACACACACACACACACACACACAGGUUCUUGAAAGCAUUACCUCAAUAGCCACUUAACACAUUAUUACAUGAGGGAAGGAGCAAGAAGCCAGUUGGCCUACACACGUGGCAGUCCCUGUAUGAAACAUACCUGUAUCCACCUCAUAAUUAUACCAAAGCAUAACAGAAACAUCCAAACCACACACACACUUGUAGUGAUGAAAUGUUAUCACCACAGCAGUACCACAUCACAACUACAUGUCACAGUACCCACACCACCACACCACACCACAACACAACGCCACUCACGCCACCACAUGCCACAUUCAAGUCACCACACCACCACACCACAGAACACUGAUGACCACACCAGUCACACCACCAGCUCAGUCGUACUAAGGUCACACCACAGCACCACAACACCACAUGCCUGCCACACCACAAUUAUAUAAUAAGUUGUAAUGACUCUGUAGUACUUAAUCUGUUUCCCACAAAGUGUAAUGUCCAGGAAGCAAUAAAAAGACAAUACUGGAAGGGAGAGAUUAAAUGCAUGCGUGUUGUAUAUUGUCUUCAUGCCAGUCAGUCAAUCAAUUAAUCAGUCACUCACUCAGUUAAUGUUUCCCAUAACACAAACAUAAGAAAACACGAAAACAAUUAGAAAAAAAAAAGGAAAGAAAAAUCUUAGAAAACUUUUCUACAAAAAUUAGGAAAAGAAUAUAUGAACAAAAGAAAAAACAUGGAAAUCAUCUAUAAAAAUAAAGAAUUAAUAAAAGUAAAACUGAAAAGAAGCAAAGACAAACAGAAUAAACAAACAAUUACAUCAGAGCAUAAAUCUCUCUCUCUCUUUCUCUCUCUCUCUCUCUCUCUCUCUCUCUCUCUCUCUCUCUCUCUCUCUCUCUCUCUCUCUCUCUCUCUCUC